AUGUGCAAGGUGUUUGCAAUGACUUUGCGAGGAGCAGCUCAGGAUUGGUUCCAUACCCUGCCAUCCGGGUUGAUCAACAGCUUCAAGGAGCUUACUUACGUCUUUACUAAAGAAUACACUUCUUAUCGGAUGAUCAAGAAGAACCCUGACCAUCUGUUCAACCUGCGCAAGAAGCCCGAGGAAUCCCUUCGAGAUUACAUCAAGAGGUUCAAAGCAGAAAAGGCCAACAUCGUAGGGUGCGAUGACCAAAUCGCAUCCUCUGCAUUCAAGAAAGGUCUUCCAGCAAAACAUGACUUAUACCGCGAGCUAACUAUCACUCUCAGCCAGACUCUGGCAGAGGUCUUCGCGACCGCAGAACGCUACGCACUCUGGGAUGACGAUGGAAUCACCGCGAAGAAGUCCACUGAGCAAGAAGAUCGACCGGCUAAACCGGGAGAACAAAGAGGCGAUAGGCUUGGCAGCAGGGACAAAGACAAAGGCAGACCGCCACCCUUGAAAGGAGAUCCAGACAAGAGGGAUACCAGAAAAUAUUGUGCCUUCCAUGCGACACAUGGGCACAAUACGAAUAAUUGCUUUGCUUGGAAAGCGCAUCUUGAAGAAGUCGUGAGAGAAGGUCAUUGCACGGAGUUCAUAGCGAAGCAGGCCAUCCAGCAGAUAAAAGACCGCGAUACCGCCAAGGAGCCACCCCAGAAGGUCAUAAGGAUGAACACAAUCCUAGCCGACUCCGAGGAGUCCGGACUCACCAACAAAGAGAAGAAGAGGAAGAUCAAACAGGCUACUAUGAUCUCCCAAGUCUCAACUAGCCUCUCACUGGCAGAAGACGAUCCCGUGAUCGGCUUUCAAAAGAAAGACUUAAUCGGCCUUGAUCUACCGCACAACGACGCCCUUGUCAUCAGCAUUCAAAUCGCUCAGGCCAUGGUUGACCGAGUCCAUGCAGAUGAGGGCAGUGCAGCCAACAUCCUACAAUUGGCAGUCAUCCAACAGAUGGGCUUAGAGGCAAAGAUCAAUAAAUCAGCCAAGUCGCUGACUGCCUCACCCUACAAUGGCAUUCUAGGCAGACCAUGGAUCGGCCAGAUCAACGCCAUCACCUCUGCCACACAUCAGAAGAUUCGCUACCCAAUCCCUGGGGGCGGUAUUGGCCAGAUCAACAGCGAUCAAUCAAUGGACCAAGUCGAGGGAAUCCGUCCGGAGGUCUCUCCUGAAGAAGGAUGGAAGCCCAAAGAGGACGUUGAGCUAGUACCCCUUGAUCCUGACAAGCCAGAGAGAAAAGCGCGGAUCGGCUCGCGCCUAAGCCAUGAGGAAAAAAUAGAGCUUGUAGCCUUGCUCCGGAACAACAAAGACGUAUUUGCAUGGUCGCCAUCUGACAUGCCUGGCAUCGAUCCCCAGAUCCUCUGCCAUCGCCUACACGUCAACCCAGCCAUCAAACCUGUAGCGCAGAAGAGACGCAACUUCGCCCCCGAGCGGGUUGCCAUCGUCGAAGCCGGGAUCGAUAAGCUUCUAGCUGCUGGUUUCAUCGAAGAAGUCUCCUACGCAGAAUGGCUGGCGAACGUUGUUCUAGUGGCAAAGAAAGAUAAAGGUUUGUGGAGAGUGUGCGUCGACUACACCGACCUCAACAAGGCAUGCCCUAAAGACAACUUUCCACUGCCUAGAAUUGAUUAG